GAGCCUGUUUUUCCUUGGUGGUGACCAUGAUGUUUGAGCGCCCUGCGUCUGCUCCACCACAAAACCUUCCAACUGCAUUGGAGGUGUGAAGGACGAAGAAGUGAUGAGCGGUAACGACAGCGACUUUGAGGGCUUUGAUAUGUUUGAGGAGCCAAAGGACUUUCGUCCGCCCUCUCCUCCGCCUACCAUGGUCUCUCAUAUGAGAGAGCAUGCCAUGUCAGGUCCAAAGGAAGUUCUGCUUAGACUUGUUGGGAACCAUUCGUUGUGGGGCCAUUAUCUGUGGAACAGUGGUAUCGUCCUGGCCGAUUAUAUUGACCAACAUCCAGAGGUUGUGUCUGGUAAAAAAGUACUGGAGUUAGGUGCUGGUGCCGGUUUACCGUCCAUCAUUGCAGCUCUUAACGGGGCCAAGUCUGUCGUGUGUACGGAUUAUCCAGACAAUCCACUUAUUGACAACAUCAAAUAUAAUGUGCAACAGUUUCCCCAGAUUGUCGAUCGAACAAACGUUCGGGGUUUCCUUUGGGGAGCAGAUAUCACACCUCUCCGCGAGGCUGCUGGCCUGCCGGCAGAUAGUGGAUUCGACGUGAUCUUGCUGUCUGAUCUUGUGUUUAAUCAUACCGAGCACGAAAAGCUUGUUCAUACGAGUAAGGAGGCUUUGUCAAAGUUUCCUGACGCGAUCGUGUAUGUGUUCUUCACUCAUCAUCGUCCUCGUCUUGCCCACAAAGAUCUUCAGUUCUUUCAGAUCGCCGAGCAAAAUGGCUUUAAGGUGAAAAAGUUCCUUGAGAUCAAAAAACGACCCAUGUUCGAAAACGAUCCUGGAGCUCCAGAGGUUCGUGCUACGGUUCACGGCUACUCGAUGAGCUUGUAGGAGGAAAAGUUGUAAAACAUAAAAAACGUGUCUAAUCAAUGGUGCACGGCAUUUGUCGGAUUAUAGCCAGGCGACGGUCGCCUGAGGAUAUCUUUCAAUUGUAAUGGUUCUGUGGCGUUCUCAGUGUUUUGUUUAUUUACUAAAAAAUAGAGCUACUGCUUAAUCUAUAGCGAGUUUUGAAUACUAAAUAGAAACGAAAACAUAAGAGUGGGCGCACGGAAGCGUAGCGAAGCAUGAAUGUGUACUAGCUACUAAUAAUAAUACCUUUGCUUAAUAUUCGGAUUUAUUGAAUUUAGCCGUUCGUCUCCC